GUGGUCCGAGCCCUCCUGGCCAACACUCCUAAGCCGGACCUGUAUCUAGGAGGACGAGAGGAACUGUUUUCAACAGCAAUCUACCACGGCUACACCGAAAUCGUCGCCCUGCUGUUGAAGGCCGGCGUGGAUAUCAACCGCGAGUGCGGGCAAUCCUGUACCCCACUCGAAUGGGCCGUAAAGCAUAACUGUGAAGCCGCCGUACCAUUGAUCCUGGAGUACCAACCGAAUGUAGACCGGAACUGCAGUUCGAGGAUUGGUGUCCUGCACUUUAUCAACCAGAAAACGGAAGUGGCCACUGUCAAGCAUCUAAUCCGUUACGGCGCCAAUCCAGAAGACGCCAACAAGAAAGGGGAGUGCGCGAUCUGGGUCGCCGUACGGGCCAACAAUGAGCCCGUCACCGAAUAUUUGGCGUCAGUUGUGAAGGGACAACUGGAUAAAGUCGUGGAAGAAGGCACAGUUCUCCAUAUUGCAUGUCGGUACGGGAGCCCGAAUAUGGUGCGCAUCCUGGCAAAGGCUGGGGCGGAUGUCAAUUUUGCGGCCCCGGGGGGUGGCGAGACCCCGUUGCAGGCGGCCUGCGGCCGUAAAGUCGAUGGCUCCAGAUUGGAGGAGACCCUGGAGGUUAUUCGGUAUUUGAUUCAUAAUGGGGCUCGUGUCAACGAUUGGGGCGGGAACUUGCAAUCGCCCUUGCACAAGGCGUGUUUGAGUAGCGCGCCGGAGGUCAUAAAGCUUCUCUUGGCGGAAGGAGCUGAUGCCGACUGCAAGGACUCGGUUGGGAGGACUCCUGCUCAUCUCGUAUGUUAUCGGGGGCUAGAGCACUACUACGCAUUAAGCCCCAGUGAGAAUGCCCUCGUGGCUCGAGACUCGAUGGGUCGCACGGCAUUGCACUACGCCGUGAUUAGUGGGGUCGUGGAGCUGGUGGAGGAGGUCCUGGAGGGCCACAAACAGCAUCCUGAUUACCAGGACACA